UUUUGCCACAGACCUCCGCUGCUGCCGCUGCAUCGGGAAGAAACCCGCAGUAAACACCAGCGAUGUCCGGCCAGUAACUGAAACCCUCCCGUUCUCACCCCGAGUGUCCGGCUUGCAUGGCCCCCGGUCGGCCGCCCGGACAAUAGACAGCCCGCCUGCCCGCUGCAGCAGCAGCAGCAGCAGCAGCUUCCCCUGCAGCCGGGGAGGCUCUCCAGUGCUCCAGCCCAGGAUCCUGCAGCACGCUCCGCGGCUCCAGAUGGCCGGACACGAGUGGGAGGACUGGUUCGAGCGGGAGGAAUUUAUCGGACAGAUCAGCGACAUCAGAGUGCAGAACCUGCAAGUUGAAAGAGAGGUGGUUCAGAAGAGGACCUUCACCCGAUGGAUGAACCUACACCUAGAAAAGUGUGACCCACCCAUCGAGGUCCAGGACCUUUUCCGGGACAUCCAGGAUGGACGCAUCCUCAUGGCCCUGCUGGAGGAGCUCUCUGGCUGCAAGCUGCUUCAUGGAUUCAAGAAGUCCUCCCAUCGUAUUUUCAGACUCAACAACAUCGCCAAGGUCCUAUCCUUCCUGGAGGAGAGAAACGUGAAGCUGGUCAGUAUCGAUGCGGCUGAUGUUGCCGAUGGAAACUCCUCCAUCAUCCUGGGUCUCAUCUGGAACAUCAUUCUCUUCUUCCAGAUUAAGGAGCUGACCGGGAACAUCAGGAGCCAGUUCCCGUCCUGCUCCAGCCUGUCGUCCAUCCCCACCAGCUCCGACUCUGACGCGUCCCACUGCAGCACGCCGUCAGACGAGAGACAGUCGGCGUCCACAGCCAUGAGAGAACACGGCAAGGCCAUUAAGAAGCUGCUGCAGUGGGUACAGAAACGAACACGCAAGUAUGGUGUAGCAGUUCAGGACUUUGGGAAGAGCUGGACAAGUGGACUGGCCUUCCUGGCUGUCAUCAAGUCCAUUGACUCGAGCCUGGUAGACAUGAGGAAGGCCCUGCUGAGGAGUGCCAGGGAGAAUCUGGAGGAUGCCUUCAGGAUAGCCCACUACAGCCUUGGUAUCCCACGCCUCCUGGAGCCUGAGGAUGUGACUAUCAACCCACCAGAUGAACAAUCCAUCAUGACAUAUGUGUCACAGUUCUUGGAGCACUUCCCUGGUAUAGAGGAGCCGGAGGAGUCCUGCCAGCUGAUAGAACGAAGCAUCUCUAUGGGUCGACUCAACUUCCGUGAGAUUGACUCCGACCGCAUUAGGAAUGGCGCUCACGGAAGCAGAGUGAAGGAGCGGUCAUUCAUGUUCCAGGGGGACUCUACCAAACCCGCACCCAAAAUCUUAAUUUCCUCUGUGUCUGAGGACAGGAGUGCCACGUCACCCCCGUUUAGGCAGGCUGCAGCUCGCUCCUGGUCCAUUGAAGACUUUCUUGCAGAUUCCCCCCACAUGGGAGACACCUCCAGCAGUGUGGUUGAAGACUCCAAGGAACCUGUCAAUGAGGUCUUAACCAACUUAAUCUCUAACUCCCCACAACUGUCUCACACUCAUUCACCCACUGACUCUUCAGUGCCUGAGUGUGGAAACACUGAGUCAGUAAUUGGCGACUCAGCGAUCAGCUCACCGGACUCUUGGGUGGAAAGCGAAUUUGGGGUGAUGCCAGAGAAGUUUUCUGAGAGCCCAAGCGACAGUUCUUUGUGUGACAGUGGAACAGCCUGGGAUGUGUACCGUGCCACCCCAGUGGAGGUUACUACUCUUGAUGAAGGAUUUGUCCCAUCCAUUGAGGAUAGAGCAUCUGAUGAGCAGUCAAUUACUGAGUCAUAUAACGAUGAAGGGAUUUACUCACUGAACUCACUGGAGAGAACACAGGAACAAACCCAAGGGCAUUCUGAGAAAAAACAAGAGGAAAUACUCGAGGCAAACCUCAAAAGCAACAACCAGGACAUGACACUGGAUCAGAGCAAUGCUGAAAUCGCAAAAAAAGUAGACUCUAAACAGAUGGAUAAAAGUCUGCUUCAAAAAGAUCAAGUACCCAGAGAGCAAGAACCUUAUUUUGAUGCACAAGUCCUGCCCGACUCUGGUGCUAAUGAUCUCCUUGAAACUGAUGAAACUAACGAGUCCCUAAGCUCCAACACUAAACUACCACUCCCUGACCAUUUUGAAGAACCUGUGAAGCAAACUGGUGUUGAAGAGAGCACUUCUGACUGUGUAAAGGAAACUGUGGAUGCACAGGACCACAAAGGACAAAAUAACGGUCAAACAGAAAGUUUGAUUAAAAGAAAUAAUUCUGAGGAGGCUGAAGUGGAAACUCAGUGUCUGAAAACAGGUUCUUCUGUAGAGGAGAAAAGAGAGGACCCUAGAGAUGAAUCAUGGACUGUUAAGGAAAGGGAUGAAGGUGUGGUAGAUGAAACAAAUGAAGGAGUUCUAAGAGACUACCCAGAUCCUCAAGAAAGCAUUACGCAUCCAGCCAACCAACAGGGAGCACCAAGCAUUCCUCUGAUCUCCAUCUCCAGUGAGCCAGAAGAGCAGAACGAAGAGGGAGCAUGUGACCCAGAAAGACAAGCUCAUGCUGGGGAUGAAGAGGUAGACCAGCCAGAGGUAACUGGAUUUAAUGGAUCUGACACAAAUGUCAACAGCCCCCAAAAUCCAGAUGAACGGAGGUGUGACUCCAAUUUCAUUGAUGACAAAAGACCUGCUGAGAUUCCUUCCAUCUUGAUAUCAGAAGAUGAUAAUUCAAUAGCUUCAGAGCAAAUAACGGACUUAGAAAAUGGGCAUUUGGAUGACAUAGAUGAACACAAUGUCAGGAAGUCGUCAGAUAUAAAAACAUGUGAUCCAUGCACAGUAGAUAACAUGGAAAUGACUGAACAGCUGAACAACUCUCAGACAGAUAACAUUGAUGAGGACUUCAUUGUUCAGACUCCUACAGAUGAUAAAUUGCAACCUGUGAAUACUGAGCAGGACAAACUGGGCGACAGUGAGAAAACCAACACACAGCAGAGCACAUUGGAUCCAGUCAACUCAGAACUGAAUGGUAAGAUGGGGAUUUCAUGUCAUGAACUAGCUAAUGCGCCCAGAAACAUGGACUUCUUUUAUGCAGACUUUGAUCGACGUUCUCCCACAGAUGAUCUUGAUGGUGACCCUAUUGAACCCAUGGAUCUGUUCUACCCAGACAAAGAGGACCCCAUGUUAACAGAGCUACCUGAUACUGAAAUGCAGAGUUGGCCUUCUGUUUUGAGCGUAUCAGCUCUCCAGCCAGCGCCAGCUUCAGAGAGUCUACCAGAUGACCAACCACUCAACCUGCCGGGUGAAGACUUCAGGAAUGGAGUGCAUUUGAUACAAGAGGAUGACAAGGCGAUCACUAAGACCAACGAGGAGACUGGUAAAGCAUCUGAAUCCCAGGAGCAGAACUUGUUUCCCGGGGAGAAGACAGGAGGACUCUGGGGUGAUGAUGAUCCAGCAGAUGGCAGCAGUAUGAGUGAGGCUGAACAACAGGGCCCGGGCUCUGCCAGGGAAAACACAGAGCCUGUGAGGAGUGUCACCAAAAGUUCCAGCGGACCAGAUGAAAGUCACAUCCCUCCAGUUCUCCGUCACAGAAAGGGGGCUCAUCUCACUGAGGCUGUGGACAAACGGAGAGCUGAGACCGUGGCGACCAGGAAAGAUGACAAUGGUGACUUUUGGAGGAGUGAGAGCUGGGAGCUCUAUCUGCUGCUGCUGCUCUGGCUGCUGCUCUACUGUUUCUGGCUGCUGCCACAGAUGGACCUGAAGACACUGCCCAGCCUGCUGCUGAACCUCGACCACUGAACACACACUCUCACACACACACUCUCUCACACACACACACACACACACACACACACACUAAUACACACGUAAAAAUAAAAAAGAGAACACACCACACACAUAUAGCUCAACUGCCACUCAUCUCUGAUGUAUAUUUCAAAGUACUACAGCUUUUCAUGAGGUUUUGCUUUUUUUAGCUUUUGAUGUGGCUUGAAGUGUGUGAUCUGUGUGACGAGGAGCAGCAGAGGGAAAAGUCCUGAUGCCAUGAACGUGAAGUAAGAAUUUCAAGGGAAAAAUUCAAAUCUUACAGGUAAAAAUGUUACAAGAAUAAAGUCAUCAUUUUACAAAGUAAAAGUCUUGAUAGAAAAAGUAG